AUGUCGCCUCUUGUGCAGGGGCUUUCUUGGCUAUCUUUGAUGGUCUUUGCCAUCCUCGCCGUGUCCACUGUUCACGCGUACCCCAUUCGCGAAUCGAGCACCGAAACAGAGAAGAGCACGAAGAUCUUAGAGCCUCGGAGAAUCAUCCCAGACACCGAGCACUAUCUCGCCAACAUCCUCGGCAGCAUUGGAGUCGGCGAUCCUGAAACCGACGCCUCUUCUCAAGCCGCCUACACCCCGACAUCAACCAUCAAGGCCGAGCAAGACCAGCCAGAAAACACCAAGGUAACGCCAUCGACCACUGGAUCAGGAGCCAGCUUCACCACUGUCAUCCACAACGGCAACGACCAGUCCAUCAAGAACAUCCAGAUCGGCCCCGGCUGGGACGGCCACAAGGAGCUGCGCGCUUCGGAUCUGCCCUUGAUCUUCGACGCCGUGUACAAAGAGAUGCAGCAUCGGCUCAAGGACGCAUUCGACAGCUCUGACGAGCUUGGACUGGGGCUUUGA